GCAUGUGUAACCAGGUGUAAGAAACACCGUUCAUUUAGUACCGUAAAAGAAGAGAGACUGUUUGCUUUGAUUAUCUUAUUUGUUUUGAAUGCACCGCUCAACUCGCAUGGUCCCACGUGGGGUACCUAGUUCUCAGCAGCCAAUCAGAAGCUACGCAGGCCACGCUCAGCCUGUCGGCUCGGAGAGGAAGUGCAGUCGCGUUGCUCUUCCGGUCUUUUCGGAUCUCGGCCCGGGAAGCGAGGGCAGCUGUGUGUUAAGGAGAAGAGGAAAACUAGAGAAAGAACCCAGAGUAAAACCUGUGAAAAAGGAAAAAGAGUCGGAGCACUUACCCAGUAGAGGUCCGGAGCCAAGUGGCUGAACGAAGGAGAGUUACGUCGGCUAACUGCUUGCCUGUCCGCCGGAGAGCUGCUACGAGGUUCGGCAUCGGCAUGCUCCACCUUGAUACACAGAGCAACGGUCAGGUUUUUUUAGAGGACUGAGAGUCUGAGGUUCAGGACAACUUCCUGCUGUGAAAGAUGGCGAGCCAACUACCCUGAUUGAAGAUUAGCACCGAGGAGAUAUUCACGUAUACACUCAUUCACACAAAUAAUACACUCACAUUACACUACAAGGAACCUUGGAAUCAGGUGAACUUUCAACAACUCCUUUUAUUUUAAGGGCCCCAACAGACAUUUUUGUUUUAAGUGUGCACACUACUUUUUUAUUUUUCUUACUGUUUGGUAUAAUAUUUUGCAUUUUGUACGAACCAGACAAAUUACUUUGUUCACUGUAAAAUAUAAGAGUGGCUACUCAAUUGUUACUCUUGUGUCUGCCUCAUUGUUGUUGCUCAGUACAGUGGCUCCUCUCGAAUUUGGUCUCUUCUGAUUCUGGUCCUGGUCUUAUUGUUAGUCCAACUUAUAUUAUACUGUAAUUCACUUUUACACUCCUAAAAUUGGUUACAGAAGUGGCGAGCCAGCCAGGAGCCAUUUGAUUUGAGCAUCAAUAUUGAAGUAAUGACCAGUAUGGAUUUCAUACAAAAGUCUGGUGUCAAAAUUCCAAAUGCAGUUACUGUCAGUGGAAUUACUCAGGUAGCUGAACAAGAUGAACAAGUGAUUGACUUUCUAAAACAGUAUGGUAAAAUUGAGAGAAUCCUUUUGGUUGAUGAUUCACAGUCCGAGUUCUUUCAAAACCUGAUCGUUGAAUAUGCUAGCGGUUCAGCCUUAGAAGGUUUAGAACCUCGCUUACCGUACAUGUGCAUAGCACGAGAUGACCCCACUGUUGUCUAUGAAGUAAAAACACUCAGUAGCGUGUACGCUACCAAGGUUGGAAGUAAUGUUACCAAGACAUACUUAGCUGAGCUCAAGCAACUAGCUAAGAUGAGUGGCAAAGACUAUUGCGUGGUGUUGAAGGAAAUGAUGUCUCAGAUCGGGGAAGAUGUUGAAACUAUGCAGCCCACAACUGAAGAAUCCUCCCCUACACAUGUUGAGACCACUGUCGUAUCCCCACCCACUCAUCAAGAGCAACAGUCUUACACCUCAUUUCCAGAUGCCACACCAAGCAGCAACGGUGCCGCUGACCAUGUUCCCCUCACCAAUGGAAAGAGAGCACCGUCCCUAUCAGUAAGUGACUUGAACCCACCGGACAUCCAGAGGGUCGUGGUCGAGCAUAUUGUGCGGAGGCAAGACGUUGUCCCACACAUCCAAUCCCAAGUGAGACUCCGCUCCUUCUCCGGCAAGACUCCCAGACCUAAUCAUGAAACUGAUUAUGACACAUGGCGCAUACACAUUGAGUUGCUCCAGAAUGAUCCUAGCAUGUCUCCUCUGCAAAUAUCCAGAAAAAUCCAUGAAAGCUUGCUCCCACCAGCAGCUGAUGUAGUUAAAAGCUUACGGCCUGAGUCACCGCCUGCAGCCUACCUACAGCUCCUAGACUCAGCCUUCGGUACUGUGGAAGAUGGAGAGGAGCUCUUUGCUCAAUUCCUGAACACCCUCCAAGACCCAGGUGAGAAAUCAUCCACUUACCUUCAUCGGCUCCAGUUAGCCUUGAACAGAGCAACAAAAAGGGGGGGAGUUACACAUGAAGAAGUAGACAAACAUCUUACUAAGCAGUUCUGCAGGGGGUGUUGGGAUAACACCUUGCUCAGCGCCCUGCAACUGGAGCAAAAGAAGAGCAGCCCACCCUCAUUCUCAGACCUCUUGCUAAUGAUUCGCUCCGAAGAAGAUCGACAGCAAGCAAAAUCCUGUCGUAUGAAAAAACAUAUUGGCAUCACAAAGCAAAGAGCUCAGGUGCAGUUCCAUGGCGCAUUUGUUUGUGAACCAGAGGAGAAAGAUGAGAGCAGUAUCAGUGCUAUUGAGGAUCUGAGAAAGCAAGUGGCAAGUCUGCAAAGCCAACUAACUACAUACAUGUCACAGAAAAACACCAAAGGAGCUAGCAGCAAGGGAUCUGCAGGGAAGCAACAGAGCAAGGAUGUCAAAGCCAAAUGA